CGCAUUCCGUAUCGAUUACAGCACGGAGCCUGUAGCUGUGCACCCCUAAAGUACACGCACAUCGACUUGUACGGACAUCUCCCCGAUCCUCAUCAUCUGCCGUACAGCGGCAAUCCCGUCCUGGCAAUGUCCUACUGUUACCUGAUCCAAGGUAAGUGUCUGACACUGAGGAACGAUCUUCCCUACGAGAUGCAAUACGUCUGCGAGCUCGACUGCAAACCCGUAUGCGCGACGCCCUGCGGGCCCUGCGAGGUACCCUGCGAUCCCUGCGCAACCCCCUGUCCACCGGUGGCGAAGUGCCCCGUUUGUCCGGGUGCCACGCGACCCUGCGAACGACGCCAGGCGCAGUAAUCUACCUCCCCCUCCCGCCUCCGUGACCGCCUGCUUCCACCCCCAGUCGCCUAAUUCGGAAACGAUGUACCGGGGAGCCGUGUGUCAACCAAACGUCCGAAGAAAAACGAAUUGAACCCUGCUUGACAAUACGUCAAGUCGCGCGAUACGUACGCGCGGUACUAUAAUACAUACGAGGAUUUAUAUGGGGACCAUCGUCGCACGGCGAGCAGUUAAUCUCGCCAUCGAUUUUGAGUCACUUUUUACACGGCCGUUUUGCUGGAUAUAUUUUAUGGUACGUUCUUUGCGAAUAAAAAGUGUAAUAAAGCA